UUAUCCAAACCCUAGAGGUCUGUCUGUCCGCAAAUGAAAAUCCAAGCUCUCUCUCUCUACUAAGCGCUCGUUCUCUCUCUCUAGAAAACCCUAGAAACCUUCCUCGCAAAACGCCAAUUUCUCUCUCUCCAAACCCUAGUCCCAAAAACCAGAGACCCCAAAAAACCCGAGGGAUUACCCAUCUGAUUAAUCUCAGCAACCUUUCUAACAAAAUAAAUCAGCUUAAAAAACCAUGGUUUGUAUCAGGCAAGCCACCAUUGAUGAUCUCUUGGCCAUGCAGGCCUGUAACCUGAUGUGCCUUCCUGAAAAUUACCAGAUGAAAUACUAUUUCUACCACAUUCUCUCAUGGCCCCAGCUCCUCUAUGUUGCAGAGGACUAUAACAAGAAGAUAGUGGGGUAUGUCCUUGCAAAAAUGGAGGAGGAAUCAUCAGAGUGCCAUGGCCAUAUAACCUCUUUAGCUGUUCUCCGAACCCAUCGAAAAUUAGGGCUUGCUACCAAACUCAUGACUGCUGCCCAGAGAGCCAUGGAAGAGGUUUUCAAUGCUGAAUAUGUGUCUUUGCAUGUGAGGAAGAGCAAUAGAGCUGCCUUCAAUUUGUAUACUGAGACUUUGGGGUAUAAGAUUCAUGACAUAGAGGCCAAGUAUUAUGCAGAUGGUGAGGAUGCCUAUGAUAUGAGGAAGCAGUUAAAGCCAAAGAGUGGGGGUGAUGGAAAACAUCAGCAUCAGUUUCAACAUCAACAUCAACAUCAGCAUCAGCAUCAGCAUUCAGGUGGGUGUUGCUCUCAUGGACCUGAUUCGAAAUAGGGGGAUCGUCUCAUUGAUUGUUAAGGUAAGAUAAUGUAUUCUUUUUUUGUAGUUUGGAUGAAUGGUGGGCUGUUGUUAAGGGAUUGAACUGUGAACAAUUAUGAUUCAGCUUUCUUUUUUUAUUUUUUGGGUUUUUUUUAUAGGUGCUUGAAUUUUUGGAAGGAAUUGUAUGAUAGUAGUAUGUGGAUUAGAAAAAGUAUUGCAUAAUUAGAUCGAGGCUGUCCUUUUAUAUCAUAUGAACAACAGUACCAGAGCAAUGUAUGCUACAAUGUGAUUUUAGAUGAUAAAUGGUGGAUUUACAGAGAUUCUAAAAACAAAA